AACAGUUCGUCAUUUUCUAUCGAAUUCUAGGUAAAGGUGUAUCGGUCCUCCGUUUUUUUGUCAUCUACCUUACGAUUAGUUGUUUAUUUUGGUUAUUCUUUGAGUGCUACUCUCUCCAUUUUAUGAGAUAUUAAACUUUUCUGCGUGGGAAGGCAUUGAGUUCCUCCAUUAGUGCGGAUCUCCAACUUGAUGGUCGGAGUGUCGAACGGGUCAACGGCAGUGGUGGAGUGCGAGACGGAAGCCUUCCCGGAGCCUCUCAGAUACUGGGAACGAUCCGAUGGCAGUCUGCUGGAGAAUGGAGACAAAUAUAGAAUUAACAACACGUUGGAGAAACGUGGAUACCGAAUACGCAUGCAACUGAAAAUAUCACGAGUAACUCCAAGAGAUUUCACUUACAGAUACUUUUGUAUCAGUAAAAAUGAGCUGCAGACCACAAGGGGAGAGCUACAGCUUUAUGAAUUGGAUCCACGUCUUCCACCUCCUAGAUUCACCACUGAGUUGAACAAAGAAACUAUCUUUGGUAUUCAUCCCCCGGACAAGGUUUCCUAUGAAGACAUUUGCGGCCCGCCCAUUCAAUGUCCUGAGUGUGACAAGGAUGCCAUCAAAUGUAGCGGCGUCUCAUUGGUGGACCUCAUCAGUCAUUGGGAAGUGAGACCAUUUGACGAUAACAAAACAUAUCCUGGAUAUCCUUCCAGAACCAAAGGGAACGGAAUAACAAGAGAGUUGUUCAUAGCCAAGAACGAUAAAUUAUAGUAUAUGGAGCGAGAAAAGGAAACAGGAGUAGCUGAAACUACAGGUGUAUCCAUAAAUGCUGUGAAGCGUGUUGUUAAAGCAAAUCACUCCAAACCACCGAAUACAAAACUUACUUCUCCUGGAAAAACUAUAAACAAAUCAAGUUCGUGUAUAUCGAUAAAAGGAGACCUGCAGUAAAUGAUUGCUCACGCCAUUCAGGAAAAUAGUACGCAAAUUGUGCUUUCGUUGGAAAAGAACGGAAGAUAAUAGGAAGGUACUGAUUGAAAAGCCGGAGAGCAGAUCGAAAUGGACAGAAUACGUGAGAAGGCUGAAAGAGUACAAGGAUCUAGGUGUGUAAAUAUAUUUCAAACGACUUAAGAAUACAAAAUUUAUGAUGAUUAUGAG